UGUUGCUUUCUGUAAUCUAAGCAGACGUACGCCGUGGAUAGUAGUUUGGCACACCUCGGACUCGGACUCCCCACAAACGGACGGCCUGCCUGACAGCUACCAGGCACGGAUCCACAUGAUCUCCGCUCCUGUCCUGCCCCUUCCAGCGAUGAUAGAAACUCUUGGUAUAUUUCUCAUCUUGGCCAGUGUCAAAAAUGUCAGGCCGGUUGCACCUCCUGAAAACUUGACCAUCCUCUGUCAGGAUGGCAUAAACAUGGCCUACUGGAACCACUCUGGAUCUUCUACAAAUGUUUUGUUCUCAGUAAAUAUCAUCAGGUUCUCGGAUGGCAAAUCCGUUUUUGACAGCAACACAUCAGAACACCAUAUCAACAUAUCAGAUGACACAGCACCUAUGGAGGACGUGUACUAUUUUAACUUGACUGCCUGGGAAGGAGACAUCCGCUCUGUUGAUGUCCGUAAAGACUUCAGCUAUGCCAGGGAUUAUGAAGGACCUGAAAUUACCAGCUGUUUUAUGGACGUCCCGAGUCUGAACAUAAUGAUUGAAACCAAUGGGAUUAAAUUCCGUUUUCCCCAUCCUCAAUACAAGCAGAAGACAAAGAAAAUGUUCUACACUGUCCACAUCACUCAUGAUGAGCGCAAACUCAAGUUAGAGUGCCCCCCGGAGGAUAAAGUGUGUCAUGGCCAAAUCCAGCUGAGUGUUGACUCUAUAGAGAAAUGCACAACUUUGGAGGUAAAGGGAGCCAUCGGCGGCAUUCUCUAUAAAACAUCCAAGGAAGUAUGCAACCCGGUUCCUGAGAAGGGUCCUUGGCCCAUCUAUCUUUUUGUGGUGAUCUGUGUCAUAGUGCUGGCAACACUUGUGGGUAUUCUCAUCGGUGCACAAAAAGUGAUCAAGACUGUGAUUGAACGCUCCAGCUACUAUGUGCCUGUGUCUUUAAGACCCAGACGAACACCAGGUGCCACAUGCAUUCUGCAGCCGGAGUUUACCGUAUCUAGUUGCGCCCAGACAGGGAGCACUUCUCUGUUUCAGUCGCCCGAGGACUCCCCCACAGAAAGCCCGACGAUCAUCCCACCUGACGGCUGCCCUGAGAAGACCCACUUCCGCAUCCCUGCUCGUGCUCCGUCCAGCGACGAUCAGCCCGAGGACGGUUACGAGGCCCGUCUCAAGAACGACCUUGAGCCUGAGCCACUACAUGGCCUUGAAGUGCUAUGA